UUUCCGUUUGGCAUUUGAUUAAAACAAGAUAACCUUAUUCCAAUAACAGGUUUUGUUUUUUAUUUUAUUAACAUUUUAAACUACAACUACUAGUUAGGCAUAUCACAAGUUAUUGCGAAGUGACUAUGAUUUUUGUCAAUAAUGCUUUAUACUUAGUGAAACUGAUAAGCUAACUGAUAAUCUGUGAGAAAUCACUUUAUUGGACGAAUAGGCCUAAGUUACAAAAAUGCUGAAGCUUGGUAAUUUGGUUCUUUGUCAGAGGUGUCUGUCAGAAGGAUGGAAAAUAUCAUCUUGGAGACUUCAGACUCAGAUUCAUCUGAACAAUGUCAUGAAGAAUAACAGACAUACACUUUCUGUAAAAGAGAUAAACAUACCUGCAGCUUGGGGUCACAUUGCUGGCAAGUGGUGGGGCAACCCUGACGUCCAGCCAGUGUUUGCUAUCCAUGGGGUGCAAGACAACGCGGCCACAUUCAACACCCUGGUACCACUGUUGGACGUUGAGGCAGUGUUAGCCAUAGACCUGCCUGGCCACGGCCAGUCGACACAUAUUCCCUCGGGCUUCCCUUACCACUACAUGGACGCUGUGUGUAUCCUACGUUACAUGAUAAAGCAUCACUUCAAGUGGUCGGAUCCUCUGGUUCUACUGGGACACUCGUUCGGAAGCAACCUCUCCUUCGUCUACGCAGCCCUCUAUCCUGACCAAGUGUCUAAAUACAUCAGCCUAGACUGUUCACGCCAUCAUAUGAGCGAAGAUGCGACCACGUUGAUAGAUUCGAUGAGAAACACCAUAGACAAAAUGUUGAGUUUAGAAGACAAAACCGACCCUCCCGAAUACACCGAGGAAGAGUUAUUCGAUAUGUUUUUCAAAGCGAGAAGAGGUCCUCAGGGGUGGACGACGAAAGAGGGUUGUAAACAUUUGCUGAGUAGAGGAACUAGUAAGUUGCCUAGUGGUAAAGUGUUUUUAUCUCGUGAUCCAAAACUGAAACUGAACGCUUUUGGACGACUGACGUUCGAGUCUUGGUUAAAGCUAGCUGAAAAAAUUACCUGUGAUAUGUUGUCCAUUCAAGCUGAAAAUGGUGUUGUUAGGAGUGAUAGUAAAGGAGAAUUUUACCAAAAAACUGUUAAUAUAAUUUUGAACAAUUCACCAAAAAGCAAACACGUAAUCCUACCAGGGUAUCACCAUGUGCAUUUGGAUAAUCCAAAAAUUGUGGCAAAUGAGAUAAAUAACUUUCUUUCCAGUUAGUAGCCAAACGGUGAAUAGGGCCUACUAACAUGGUAAUUUAAUGUCACGGGUUUUCAAUAGUGGAUAAUAACUGAACCUCUUUUACCAGGUGAAAUGUAUGGAAAUAUUAAGCCAAAGCAACUAGUAACAUAUCUUUUCAUUUUUGUAAACAAUUUGUAUAUAUUAGAUAGUCAAACCAUUAU